AUGUCUACCGCAUCGGGUGUUGAACCAGAAAUCGCAACCUUCGCCGCUGGUUGUUUUUGGGGUGUUGAGCAUAUUUUCUUGAAGCAUUAUCCUCCUGCGGAAGAGAAGGGUGUCUUGAAAACCUCCGUGGGGUAUACUGGAGGAAAAGAGAGCUCCACGAAUCCUGAUUAUAGAAAUGUCUGUUCGGGAUCGACGGGUCAUGCUGAAGCGUUAAGGAUUGAGUUUGAUCCUAGCAUUGUUUCGUAUGGAGAACUCGUUGAAUUCUUCUACCGGACUCAUGACCCUACGACUGCCAACAGACAAGGACCUGAUACUGGAACUCAAUACCGUUCCGCCAUUUUCACUCACACCCCCGACCAAGUACAAAUUGCGAAGAAGAUUACUGCUAAAGUUCAAGAGAAGCAUUUCACGCCGAAAGGACAGAAGAUUGUUACAGACAUUGUCGAAGCUGGGCCAUGGUGGGAUGCUGAAGAGUAUCAUCAGUUGUAUUUGUUCAAAAAUCCGUCUGGGUACCAAUGCCCGACUCAUCGCUUGCAUUGGUGA